AUGGAUAAAGAAGUUUCAUCAGAUGAUGCAACUGGGCAGAAUUCGAAAGAAUCUUCCCCGAAAAAACAGUUACCGGAACAACUUAGCCAAAAUCUUGAUGAAAUGAUCAAGAAGGCUAAACAUGGCUCUGAUGUAACAAACAAAGUUAAUGCCGCAGAUAAAUUCUCCUCUUAUACUUAUAAGGCUGAGUUUGCUGAUAGAAGUGUAGCCGAAAUCGGUUGGUCAUUAGACGUAGUUAAGCGUGUCGAACUCAUCGACAGCAAGCUUAAACUAGUCGAAGAUUUGACCGACGAUUUGGAAAUAACGGUUACCGACAUGAAAGAACAUUGGGAUGAUGCUUUCCGUCGCUACAUUUCGCCUAUGCAUUACAUAGCGAAAUGUCUUGAAUCACGUAUUGAUGAUAUACGUGAGGUGGCGUGUAAACAAAAGAUUGGGAAUACCCAAUCCAAAAGCACUAAAUGUUUAAAGAAGAUUACCGUUUUACGUGAAAUCAUUCAAAGUUUAACGGAAUAUCAAAGAGAGUCUCGUCAUUUUAAACCUUUGGUUUAUUAUGAUGAAGAAUGUGUAGAUGAAGAGGAAUUACCAGAAGAAGACGAUUCUGAGGUAAUUCCUUCGGUUCAGCCAGCUAUAUUCCAUGGCGCUAACAAAAUCCAAGAGAUGUUGGAUCAGCGCAAUCAGAAUAUGGGUAAUUAUGAUGCCAAAACUUCAUCGCAUUUAUCGCAAGGUCAACAACGCCGGGGUCCUUUCGCUCCGCGACCAUUCCCUCCACGAAAACUUAAUUUCGCACGAGGGGAGGAAACUAGCUGCGACCUUGAUGAUAAAGAAUUACCGUUAGCUUGGAGAUUGCCUAAAAAGCCCUUAGCUGCUCAUUUGGUGGUUGAUAUUAACAACCUUCAAAAAGCUAGUGCAAUCCUUAAGUUUACCGGCGAUAUCCGUGAUUAUAUGAACUGGAGAUCCUGUUUUCUCGAAACAGUUCAUUACAAG